UCAUUUUCUCCCUUUCUCUCUCUAUCUCUCUCACACACACACAUACAGAACGCAGACACAUAUAGUUCUAUCGCCUCAUCAGCUCGUCCGGAUCGGCGAUUGGAGUUUCUACAGGCAGGAAAUCUAAACGCUCACCGCCAUUGAAACUGUUGGAUGAUUAGAUCACACAUAGCAAGGUUAACUAAGAUCAUGAGAUUUGAGAGACCAAUUGCCGACUUAGAAGACAUCGAAUCAAUUACGAAAUCAAAGCAUGACACAAUUGGACUUCAAAAAGAUGGUAAUGAUAAAACUGUCAAGGAGAAGGAUUCUAGCUGUUACACUUCUUGGCUGAAUGAACACCCUUCUGCCCUAAGCUGCUUUCAAGCUAUGUUGAGCACAACCAAAGGGAGACGAAUUGUCGUGUUUUUGGAUUAUGAUGGAACCCUAUCACCGAUUGUAAAUGACCCUGAUCUUGCUUUUAUGUCGGAACCGAUGCGUUUGGCAGUACGUGAAGUUGCUAAUCGAUUUCCAACUGCUAUUAUAAGUGGUAGAAGCCGGCACAAGGUGUCUAAUUUUGUGAAGUUAGACGAGGUUUAUUACGCUGGUAGCCAUGGUAUGGACAUUAUAGGUCCACCUCGACAAUUGAACAAAUACGAUGGAAAGUAUCAAUCUCAAAUCACUGACGGAAAGGGGAAUCAAUAUAUUGUUUUUCAACCUGCACAAGAGUUUCUUCCAGUAAUUAAAGAGAUAUUAGCUGAAAUGGAGAAGGUGACAAGUGAUAUAAAAGGUUCCAUGAUAGAAGACAAUGGAUUUUGUAUCUCUGUCCAUUAUCGUCAUGUCCACCAACAGGAUUAUGACACCUUACAAGAAAGAGUGCAAUUGGUAUUGAGGAAUUGGCCAGAGUUUCAUAUAACUGAGGGCAAGAAAGUGAUGGAGAUUCGGCCAUCAAUAAAGUGGGAUAAGGGUGAUGCCCUGAAAUAUUUACUGGAAACAUUUAGCAACAUGUCUAAUUAUGACGAAGAUGUAAUCCCUAUAUACUUGGGAGAUGACAGAACUGACGAAGAUGCUUUCAAGGUUUUGAGAAGUAUGGGAAUCGGAUAUCCCAUUAUCGUGAGUUCAGAGCCAAGAGAGACAUUGGCAUUAUAUUCUCUUAGAGAUCCCAAAGAAGUAUUAUAUUUUCUGACAAGUCUCGCGAAAUGGAAGGAUCCGACUCGUUCUCCUGUCAAAGUGCAACUUAUCUGAACUGGGAAGCAUGCCCAGUGACAACAGCAACUAGACAAUGUCUCUAAAGUUUUUGGAUAGUUUUAGGGAAACAAGAUCGAGUUCACCUAAGCAAAGGUUUUACUAUUUUCUUGGGUGAACCGUCUUAACUUUAUAUAUUAUUAUAUCCUGAGGUUUUAUGGUGCAUUUUUAAUCGCCAUGAUCUCAUGAUCCUUGAGGGCAUGCUUAGAACACAUGCAAAGUUGCUUAUUAUUAGUAUUCAUCCAUUUUUGAAAAUGGAUACAAGGAUUAUCAUAUUCUAGUUUGUGACAUUUUAUCAUUUCUAUAUUUUAUAAUU